CAAUCGAUCUGCUGCGCUUCUAUCUGCAAACAGGUGAAAGGGUUUCGCUACCAGCAGUUUGAAACGAAUCUCACUAUUGAGCAAGUUCCCCAGUUCAAAUUUCACCAAGAAACUCUCAAGUCACCAAUCUCCACGAUGUUCGGCCGAAACUUCCUUCUCCCGCUCGUGUCCUGCGCGCUCGCUCUAGUGAACGUUUCCUCGGCUGCAUCCGACCUACCGGUGAUCUUCUUCCACGGCGUCACUAGGACCUACAAGGAUGGCGACAACUUUGUAGCCAACCUCACCGCUGAGGGUCGUACAGUGGCAUCACUCUCGUUCUGUGACGGCGAGUGCUCGAUUCGAUCGCUCCUGACUCAAGUGCCAGCUGCUGUCAAGGCGGUGCGUGAGCUGGUUGCCAACAACUCGGUGUUCGACGAUGGAUACAUCUUUAUCGGACACUCUCAGGGUGGCCCCAUUUCUCGUGCUGUGAUGGAGGAAAUGGAUGACCACAAGGUCCAGCGCUACAUCAGUCUGGGUGGCCUACAGAACGGUCAAUUCAUCGGUCCAGAGCGGGUUGAGAAGUCCAUCGCCGACGGUGGUGCGUUCUUCAGGGCGAUUCUUCCAGAAACCGCGUAUAAUUACAGCGUCUACAGUCCUGAGGACUAUUACGGAAAGCUGCAAAAGGAAUACGUUCUAUACACCAUCGAAAACCCCGACGCCCAGUACACGUACUCGCAGUUCACCGUCAACCGGUGGCCACAAUUCGGCAGUUUCUCCACCGCCAACUUCUUCCUUCCAGUGUACAACAAUGUGAACCCUUGUCUGCCUGGUGACGACCAGUGCAUCUCCGACCAGCACCGCCGUAAGGCUAACUUCCUCAAAGUCGAGCAAGCCCACUUCUUCGCCUCACCAGCGGAUGACAUUAUCAUGCCGUGGCAGAGCUCCAUCUUCGGCCGCUACUCGGAGGUGGACACGAUCGAGGAAAUCGAGACCCUGUACAAUAAUCUCACCGUGGUGGACAUGAAGGACACUCUGGAGUAUACCUCGGACACUUUCGGUUUGCAGACACUGGACAAGCGCGGCGGGCUGUUCCUGCACACAGCCGAGAAUGUUAGCCACAAGUGCUGGGUCGAGGACGAGGGUGACUGCGAGUGGGCGAAGGUGUACGACCAGUACCUCUAUCAAACGCUGGUGUGAGCGCAUUUCCAAGUUAACUAUCGUCACAAGAUGAUACGGCUACGACGUUGGUAGCACUAAGUCGACCUGGUAAUGCCAGAAUUCGAUAUUGGCUGCUUCUAGGAGUGAAGUGGUUUUAGAAUAGGUCCCCUAAUAACGAGUAACACAGCUGGGUGGUCCUCCAAUGCAUAUCCAAGCAAGUUCCAAAUAUCAUUUCCCCAGUUUUUGGUAAACCUUUGCACAC